AUGCUUAUUCUACGCGUUGUCUACGCUUUGGUCUGGGCUCUCUUGUCGGUAUCUCCAAAGACGCAUGUCUUUCAUUUCAACUUAACAUACGUGGACGCCGAUGCAGACGGCACUUUCUCGAGGAGAAUGAUCGGUAUCAACAACCAAUGGCCACUUCCAACUAUUCGAGUCAAGAAAAACGACAGAAUCCAAAUCCAUUUCACCAACUUGCUUGAGACAAAAGCUUCAUUACACUUCCAUGGUUUGUUCCAGCAAGGAACGAAUGCCAUGGACGGCCCAGAAAUGGUCACACAAUGCCCCGUAGCACCAGGGUCGACUUUCUUGUACGAUUUCAAGGUCACUAAACAAGCUGGAACUUACUGGUACCAUUCACAUUCCGGUUCUCAGUAUGCAGAUGGAUUGAGAGGUAUCCUCAUCGUUGAAGAUACUGAGCAGGACUAUCAUUUCCAUUUUGACGAAGAAGUGGUUCUAUCUGUAGGAGAACACUACCACCAGGAAUCAUCGGAAGUGUUAAGCAAGUUCAUGAGUAGGUACAACCCUACUGGAGCAGAGCCGAUUCCUCAGAAUUCGCUUUUCAACGAAACCAAGAACGUCACAUGGCAUGUGGAGCCAGGAAAGACAUAUUUGUUGCGUAUUGUGAACAUGGGUCUUUUCACAUCACAGUACUUAUCGAUCGAGGACCAUACGUUCACCAUUGUUGAGGCCGAUGGGGUCUUUGUUGAGCCUCAGGAAGUAGACUCAUUGUACAUUGCUGUAGCACAGCGCUAUUCUGUCUUGGUCAAGAGUAAAAAAUCGACGAAGAAAAACUACCGUUUCCUUAACAUCAUCGACCAGGAAAUGUUGGAUGUCUUACCGGCUGAUUUACAAGUAAUUUCGACAAACUGGAUGGUCUAUAAUGACGAUGUAGAAAUGCCCUCUCCAUUAGAAAACAACGAUAAGAGCUUCGAGAAUCAAUUGGCCAAGAUGCAUCCUUUUGACGAUUUCUACCUUGUUCCUCUUGGUAAGGAGGCUUUGCUUCCAGAUGCAGAUGUUGUGAUCACCCUCGAUUUCACAAUGGAUGUCCUAGGCGACGGCGUAACCUAUGCGCUGUUUAACGGUGUGUCGUAUGUUCCUCCUAAGGUUCCUACAUUAUACUCUGUUGUGUCCAGUGGAAAAUAUGCCAACAAUCAACAGGUCUACGGUUCCAACACCAACACCUUUGUAAUCCAGAACAACGAAGUAGUUGACAUUGUAUUGAAUAAUAUGGAUCCAGGGAAGCAUCCUUUCCAUUUGCACGGACACACUUUCCAAGUGAUCUCUCGUUCUCCGGAAGGCAUGGAUGAGGAAGAUCCGAUCAAGUUUGACCCAAACAACUCUAGCCAUACGAACUAUCCAGAGUAUCCUAUGAUUAGAGACACUGUACAGGUACAUCCCAAUGGGUUUUUUGUGCUAAGAUUCAAGGCUGACAACCCUGGUGUUUGGUUUUUCCAUUGCCAUGUAGACUGGCAUUUGGAGCAGGGAUUGGCUAUCACCUUCGUGGAAGCUCCUUUUGAGAUCCAAAAACAGAAAAUCAUACCUAAUCAUUAUGACAAUUGUAAGCUGUCUAAUGUUUCUACGAUUGGUAAUGCUGCUGGAAAUUACGGCGAGACCAAAGAAAGCUGGUUGAAUCUACAGGGAGAAAACGUCCAAGUAGCACCAUUACCAGCCGGGUUUACUACAAAGGGCUACGUAGCUAUGAUACUUUGCACCUUGGUGGCAGUUUAUGGAGUGUGGUCUAUUUACAAAUACGGAAUGGAGGACGUCAACUCCGAAGACACCGAAGCCGUCAUCCGCAAACUUUAUGACAUCUUACGAACGAAUGGAGCUCUUGAACCAGAAUAUGAUGAUGGUGAUGAGGAACUCUUGAUUGCAUCAUAGGUUUAUAGCUGUAUUGCUAUUUUCUUCAAAUUACGCAACUCAACUUUGAGAAAUCUUCAUUAAUUUCUUUGCCUCAACAAGGCAUCACUUAAUAGCAUAAAAAGGGUUCUAAUUUUAUUAUUGCAAACUUAUGGCUAAUAUUCUAUGGUUAACAUAUAAUAGAAAAACAUGUCUGAAAAUGGCUGAAAAUUUUAUGUCGCUUGUAUAUACCUACUAAUGCAAAAACUCGCUUCCCUUAUACUAAUUGGGUGAUCCGGGGAGAUUGGCCUGAAGAAUUGCACGAUUCCCCAACACUUCGAAAAUAUAUAUAUACCACAACUUAUCUAAGGUUAUCAACAAGUGUACACUGCUAGAUA